AUGACCGAUUCUGGCUCCCCGCCAGACACUGGGCUUUCACGUGCCAAUGGCAACGCACAUAUCAUGAAUACCAAUUUGCUGUCUCCAAGCAUAGAGACACUUAAAGAGACAAUAACAGCAACAGCAACAACAACAGCACCUCCACGCUCCUCCGGCCUCCCAUUGAAAGCAGGACAGCCCAUUACAUCGCCACCAUCGUCGACUUCUGGCCCAACCCUUUCCACCGUCAUCGCGCAAUGCCAUCACCAAAUCCAUUCUUUCCUCCGUGAAUCCCACCCUCCUGAUUCUCUCCUCGCCGCUGUACAACGUCAAACCCGUAUUUCCCUAGACGUUAUCGCAACCGCCAUCUCCCGCUACAACUGCCUCUCCGAACUCUCCCUCUCUUAUAACGGCGGGAAAGACUGUCUCGUACUGCUCGUCCUUUUCCUCGCCGGUUUGCAUCCCCACCCGCCCCCAGAGGAAGGUGGUCUCGCCUCAAUUCCGGCCAUAUAUGCCCUACCGCCUGAUCCGUUUCCCGACGUGGAGAAUUUUGUCCUGUGGUCGUCCCAUGCUUAUCAUCUCGAUAUCAUCAAGUAUACCACAGACCCACCCCAGUCGACCCUGCGCUCCAGCUUUCAGGACUAUCUGUCCCGGAAUCCCAAUAUUAAGGCGAUUUUCGUCGGAACCCGUCGAACGGAUCCCCAUGGCGCCAACCUGACCCAUUUCGAUCGUACCGAUAGUGGCUGGCCGGAUUUCGUCCGGAUUCAUCCCGUCAUCGACUGGCAUUACGCGGAGGUUUGGGCCUUCAUCCGCCACUUGAACCUCCGGUAUUGCCCUCUGUACGAUCAUGGUUACACCAGUCUGGGUGGCACCGGAGACACGCAUCCAAACCCGAUGCUCCGGGUUGAGUCUCCUUCGAAAGGUGGCCAGCAGGGUGUGCAAUAUCGGCCGGCCUACGAAUUGACCGAAGAUCUUGAGGAACGUCUUGGGCGUCGCUAG